AUGCCGCCCGAAGGAGGCUUAAGCAAUAUCCGGGUCUUCAUCAAAUGGGAUGAUCAGACCGUGUUCUCGGGCGAGGAGAUACGAUGUCAAAUCACAUUCAAGAACGUGGCCACCAGCUCCAAUCAGACAAGCUCCUCCUCGAUUCAACAUCAACAUCAACUUCCAGGAUCGCCCCGUACGGAACGGCCGAGGCAGCCAUCGCCACUGCUGAGCCCUCGAGGCAAGCCGAACACUGGACUGACACCCCCCUCGUCAGGAAGGGGUCAUCGCUCUACCUUAUCGCUGAAUGUGCCCGCUGGCAGCUCGCGCUUGAGAGGCAGUGCACAACAAUGGACUCCUCCACAACCGCCGCCCUUGUCGCAACGACCAGGCCAUGCGCACAAGCGAUCACUCUCCAUAGUGUCGAUAGGCUCAAACGCGACUGUCGAAGACCAAUUGCUGAACAAGGGGAGCCCGGCUAGGAGCCAAAGGCCUACCCGUGGGCAUGGGAGGUCUGCGAGUCUCCAGAUAGCUCCAAGAGGCGGCGUGAUUAAUGGACCACAAUCAGCAUCUUUACCGCGGCGCCAGGCUUUUGGCUCGGAAAACUCGCCUGUCUUCAACCACUCAUUUCCUCCGCCAAGGCAAGGCUCUUCGACCGCCCCGAACACACCCGGCUUUAAGAGAGUCCAUUUAUCAAGAAAGAGUUCAGGAGGGAUACCGGAUUUCAAGUUUCCAAUGGCCCAAUCACCAUUGUCCGAAACUACGCAGUUUGAUGAGUCCGUAAUGUCUCCCAUGUCUGACGCUACAGAGACUGUCACUCUGCCUAUACGCCCAAGAGGUUCAAUACCGACCAUCACGGAGCAUUCAGCACCUGUGGCUCGAAUAUUAUCUACCUCAAGCAUUGCUGGUGGCACUCCUAGGAGCAGUGGUGAGUUCUACUCGCUUAGCAAUCAUUCGUCCGAAACCCUGGCCUCAGAAUACGUCACGCACCCAUUGCAGAGCGGGCGACGGCCGGCCCACAUACGGCGAGGCUCUGCCAUGUCCGGCAUCAAUCAGGCGAGACUCCCAGAAUCUUUGAUGAUGGGUUAUGCCCAAGUUCAGGGCUCUUUCACCCUGGACGGGUCGCUCAUCAACCUUGGCCCUUUCGAAGCAGUGAAGCGAAAAGCUGUCCUUGGCGGACAGGGAGGUGGUGUCAUUGGGGUUGAUACGGCCAAGAGAACUAGUGGGCUCUUGACUGGCUUUGGCUGGGGAAGCCUCAGUAGCUCCAUUGGGGAACUGCUUGGUGGUGGCGAGCUCAGCAGCAUCAAAGACAUGCGCGGCGUCGCCGGCUCCAAGUCCAUCCCUCUCCUGUCUACGCCGCAGUCGAUAUUGUUCGUGGACCUGCAACUAGCCCCAGGCGAGAGCAAAACCUACGAGUACUCAUUCAAACUACCAAAGGGCUUGCCCCCAACACAUCGAGGCAAAGCUAUGAAAAUAUCCUACAGUCUAGUGAUUGGCACCCAGAGAGCUGGUGGAACCAAGGAGCAGCAGGUACGGUCGGUCGACGUCCCGUUUCGCGUCCUGGGAAGUGUGAACAGCCAUGGCGAGAUCCUCGGCCAUGACUUACUGUCACCCUAUAUCAUCCUUCGAGACCUAGCUAAAGUCCAGGUAUACGACAAAGGGGCAAGUGUUGCUGCUUUCAAGAGAGGGCACAAACCCGAUCACCCGGGUUCCACGAUAAAUGGCUUUUUGAUGUAUGUCGAGGAACUGCUGGAUCGUCCUCGAAACGGAGUCGGUCUCCUUUCUCCGACUGCUACAGCUCCGCCUUCACGUCGGUCGUCUUCUUAUGAAGAGGCUGCCUCUGCUAAGGAGGCCAUCGAUUUGGCCAUUAUGCGCUCCAACCUCUCCUCCGAAUCCGGACAGAGCAGCAAUCGCUUCGAGAUCGCUCGCAACGGUCAGCGCGUCGGUGUGGUCAUGCUGGCUCGUCCAGCUUACCGGCUGGGCGAAGCAGUCAGUAUGGCCAUAGAUUUUACAGGAGCCGAGAUUCCAUGCUACGCCGUGCACGCAGCGCUCGAGACAAGCGAGCGCGUCGAGGCAACUUUUGCCCUCAGGAGCGAGGCUAGCGUCCACAGAGUUACCCGUAAGGUGUACGGCAGCUCCAGCGAAGCUACGCUGUUCGCUCGGCGGGUUGUGUUCAAUCCUACGAUCCCUAUCAAUGCGACGCCGGAGUUUGUCACGAGCGGGCUGAGUCUGGAAUGGAAGAUCCGCGUCGAGUUCGUGGUCCCCUCGUCGGUCAAUGAAGACUCAGACAUCGCAUCGCUGCAAGGGGCCGAACCGCACCCACUAUUAGAGGAGAUAUCCCGAGACGAACGCGGUGGGCUUGUGCUUGUCGCGGCCGAGAACCUCGAGUGUGAGAGCUUCGAGGUCGCUGUACCGUUACGAGUCUAUGGUGCCGUGUGCAACGGACUAGAGCGCCUGGAGAGGGACGAGGCGUUGGAGGAAGGCCUUGUAGUAUAA